ACCUUCGGGAGGUAUGAUAUGCGCCUCUCUUCUCAUCGCAAACUGACGGGCCACGGCCCUCAGCGGUGAGAGGAGGGAGAAUUUCAGAACGCGGGGCUUCUCCGGAUUGACUCUCGCUAGCAUCAUUCCGCGCUCGUUUAUGGGUCCCUGGCCGAAGCUCGCUAUUCUUGGAAGCUUGUUCCAAACGACCGAGACAUUCUCCUUAGACUACAGGUGUCGGACUUCUCAAGAUGCAACCAUUCUUUCUACGACUGCCGUUUGACCUCACGUACCGUAUAUCAGGUUCGAAUGCCAGUCUUUUACUCAGAGCCUCCAAGUAUCCUUAUCGUUCAACCUCGGCGAAACAUUUGUUUUUAACUCAAGCGUAAGCUCAAGCGCGACCGCAUCCACCGCUUAAUGCCCGGCGAGGCAUCUGAUGGUACGCUUGUUUUUCAGCAAUAACGCUGUGAUAUUCCACAAUCGUACCCUACGCUGGUGCAAGCUGCCUUUAAGCUCUCCCUGAUAAUCAUAGGUGUGGCACGAUGACACCGGGCAUUAUUACCCUCGAACAGAUAAAACCCCACGUCUCUCAUCUACCCCAGUUCACUAGUCAGUUGAUGGUCAGACCUUGUAUGCCAUGCCCUCCGUUGUAAUUUUGGCAUUCUCGCUUGUCGCGUUCACAUGGAUGCUCCAUCGUUUGAGCAAGAUCGGUUCAAGAGAACCAGGACUUCCACCUGGUCCUCCAACGCUCCCCCUCAUCGGGAACUUACAUCAGUUUGAAACCAAGCAUACGUAUCGCAAAUUUACCGAAUGGGCCAAGACUUACGGUGACAUUUACUCUAUCAAAAUGGGAUCGACCACUGGCAUCGUCAUUUCGAGCCCGAAGCUGGCUCGUGAAUAUAUCGAUUUGCGUGGUGCAACCACGUCCGAUCGUCCACCAGUUUACACUGAUGAACUAAUAUCGGGAGGCUUAGAGCUUCCGCUGUCGCCAUACGGACCGACCUGGAGAAGCAUGCGUCGAGCGGCACAUGAUAUGUUAUCACCGAAAGCGUGUUUAAGACACUUGCCCAUCCAACGCGCAGAAUCGGCUCAACUUAUGUUCGAUUUACUAGAGAGUCCCCAGAGGUUCUACACACACACCAGUCGGUACUCAGGUUCGGUGAUCACCUCUGUGCUUUAUGGCAUACACAGCCCAGUAUAUGAGAAUGGCCUUGUCGAGAAGUUCGACAAAUUCACGGAGAGACUCGAAAGCGCUCUCAAGCCUGGCAACAGCCCUCCAGUCGAUAUGUACCCCUUCAUGAAAUACCUCCCAGAGAUUCUGGGUCCGACGCCUUGGAAAACUCGUUGCAAGGAAGUGCGAAAAGAACAACGGGAAAUAUUUUUCGGCCUUCUUGAUCUGGUUGUGGAACGUAUGGAGAAGAAUCAGCGAAAUGGAUGUUUCAUCGAGAGCGUUCUAGAUCGCCAGGAGCAAUAUGGCCUGGAUAGGGAGCUGAUUGGCUACCUUGGUGGCUCUCUCUUACAAGCCGGAAAUGACACAACAGCAGUCUUCCUACAGACAUUAUUGGUGUGCAUUAUCUCGCAUCCAGCUGUUCAACGUCGUGCACAGCAGGAAAUCGACAGCGUCAUCGGACCUGACAGGCUUCCGGAAUUUUCUGACUUUGAUAACCUGCCAUAUCUCAAAGCGGUCAUAAACGAGGUUCAUCGUUUCCGCCCUAUUGUCCCUAUAACCAUACCUCAUGCCUCCACCGCCGACGAAAGGGCAGGGGAUUACAUGAUUCCGAAAGGGUCUAUCUUAUUCAUCAAUGCCUGGGGUAUAUACCGACAUGAGGACUAUUACGAGAAUCCUGAUACUUUCGAUCCGGACCGAUUCCUGAAGAAUCCACAUGGAACUAAGCCAGGAGUUGACCCUACGGGUUGUCGCGGUGACUAUGCAUUUGGAGCAGGAAGGGUGUGUCCAGGUGUCUUGCUACUGGCUAUAUGUUGGUUGACAGAUUGUGCUUUCGACGCCGUUUGACGAGUUCGUUCGGUUUAGGCUCUCAAUGCCAUGAAUUUGCUUUGGGCAUUUGAUUUCACGAAAGCCAAGGAUCCUGUUACUGGUAACUUGAUCGAUAUUGACAUGAAUGCACUCAAGGAGGAGGUGAGUUGCGUCUAGCUUUGCGUGCCAGAAUCGAGGUACGACUGUGACUUUGCAGUCCGUUCUGUUGGUCCCCAAACCAUUCCGUUGUGAAAUUCAACCUCGAAGUGUAGAGAAGGCGAAGAUGAUCCGCAUGCAGUUUGCAGCUGCCAGGGAGAUCUUUGAGAACUUCGAACACCACAUGUCACUGAAGAGUGGGGAGGUUCAAUGAGUUCUGUGUUAUCGUUCAAUCUUUCAAUAUUCCCAUAGUAGAGUACCGUGAUCAGACAGCAUUGAACGCAUGAAGCGGUUCUUGCAGAAGUCAGUAGGGAUGAAGAUGAUGAGGCUGCUGAUACAAUUGCGACGAAUCGGUUUAGGGACUUCACUCUCCUCGCUCCACCGACGAGCGCAGCCGCAGGAGAUGUUGCUGGUCCUAGUGAUGACUAUGUACGUGUAUUUUGACGACACCCAAUCAUUGACCCCUUUUCCUUUCACGCCACUUCCCCAUCGGGACUCUAUGACGAUUCAACUCAUGACUCGUAGUACAUACCGAAAGUAUAACCCCGGUCUUCUUUCAAUAAACAUCUCAUAUUUCCUCUUCC